AAAUAGGUUUUUUUGGAUAACAAUGGAUUAUCCGCAGUGCUUGAAUAUCUGUGCUCCAAAAGCUCCAGUUCCAGAAGAAAUUAAUAGUUUUCGCAAUAACGCAAUGUUAGAUCGAGUAAAGAAUUUCCUGCCUUUACUGAAGGAAGCAAAUGAUCGUCUGCAUGCGGCGCCAGCUGACAACAAAUCCACAGAUGCUGAUAGAGCAGUUGAGUUGGAUUUGGAUUUGCCAAGCGAAGAUGAAUCGAGUGAAGACGAAGAAGUGGAAAAGGAGACAACAGAAGCGCCAGAAGGACGAAAGUCGAAGGACUUCGUUGAAAUGAAAAUUUCUUUGGUUCCAGACAGCUCCCAAAGUUCAGAUAGCGACGAGGGUAUUAAUGAAACUAUCAAUAAAUGUCCGAAAACAGCGCCAGUCAGUCAAUCUUUGAUUCAAGAGUUGACUACUGAACCAAGUAGUACCACUACGCAGUCUCAAACAGAACUGUCUCCGAAGUUAAAACAAAAGCUGCGUAAGUCAAAAGUGAAGAGCAAGGGAAAGCAGACCCGCAAGAAGUCAAAAACUUCAACAAAUAAAUAAAGAUAGUGUUUUCUGAGAA